AGGCAUGUGUUCUGAAGUGACUCAGCGCCCUUUGUUCACGUACUUGGCGGAAUAGCUGCACACUUGAGAUAACAUUUGGCCCGACGCUGACGGUCCUGCAAUUUAUACGGGGACAAUCCAAGCGGUUCCUCAGUUCUUCUGGCUGCAGCAAACAGAAAAGCUCCAGGAUGAUCGGCUGGACUCUUACCGCCCUGCUCGCCGGGCUGGGCUUUGCCCUCUACUCCUACCUGGCCAAGAUCUUCACCUACUGGACCAAGCGCAAGGUGCCGGGCCCCAAGCCGACCCUCCUCACGGGCAACUUCGGCUCCAACCUCAUGGGUAACAAGAGUAUCGGUGACAUCGCCGACCAGGUCUACCAGGACUACCGCGACGAGCCCGUCGCCGGCACCUUCGUUAUGACCCAGCCGCUGCUCCACCUCCACGACCCGGAGAUCAUCAAGCACGUCCUCGUCAAGGACUUCCAGGACUUCCACGGCCGCGGCAUCUACGUCGAGUCGGAGCGCGACCCGCUCACCGCCCACCUGUUCAACCUGUCCGGCAAGCGCUGGAAGGAGCUCCGCGCUAAGAUCGCGCCCACCUUCACCCCGGCCAAGAUCAAGUACAUGUUCGAGACCAUGAAGGAGUGCUGCACUCAGCUGCAGGACUUCGUGGAAGCCAAGGCGGCGGCCAACGGUGGCCGGUACAACGCUGACAUCCGCGAGAUGCAGGCCCGCGUCAGCACUGACGUCGUCUCCUCCGUGGCCUUCGGCAUCCAGAGCAACAGCCUCAAGACUCCCGAGUCUGAGUUCCGCCGCAUCGGCACCAAGGUCGUGGAGCCCACCGUGUUCAACAGCAUCCGCCUCAUGGUCCUCUUCUUCCUCCGCGAGAUCGCUCAGAAGUUCCAGUUCACCAUCACCGUCACCGAGAUCGAAACCUUCUUCACCAAGCUGGUCGCCGAGACCGUCGCCUACCGCGAGCAGAACGGCAUCGAGCGCGCCGACAUGCUUCAGAUGCUGAUGCAGCUCAAGAACAAGGGCUUCGUUCAGCCUAGGGAGGGCGAGGAGGCCGAGCCGGUACCUGAGGACGGUCAGCCCGGAGGCAAGCUCACCAUGAACGAGAUGGUGGCCCAGGUCUACAUCUUCUUCAUCGCUGGCUUCGACACCACCUCUGCCACCACUUCCCUCACCAUGUACGAACUGACCAAGAACCACGACAUCCAGGAGAAGGUCUACCAGGAAGUGCAGGACGUUCUGAAACGCCACAACGGCGAGGUCACCUAUGAAGCCAUCAUGGAGAUGACCUACCUCGACAAGGUCAUCAACGAGACCCUCCGCAUGUACCCACCCCUGCCCUUCCUGAACCGCGAGGUGAUGGUGAACAGGGAGAUCCCGCUGACCAACAUUCAGGUGAACAAGGGCACGCGCAUCAUCGUCCCGGUGCGCGCGCUGCACCACGACCCCCAGUACUGGCCCGAGCCCAGCAAGUACGACCCCGAGCGCUUCAGCGAGGAGGCCAAGGCCAGCAGGCCCGCCCACGUCUACCUGCCCUUCGGCGAGGGACCCCGCGUCUGCGUCGCACAACGUCUGGGCCUGAUGCAAGUCAAGGUCUCCGUCGCCAUGCUCCUGUCGCGCUUCCGUCUGGAGGCCAGCGAAGACACCCCCGCCGAGGUGGAGUUCGCUCCCAGGUCCUUCGUCCCGCUGCCCAAGAAGGAGCUCAAGAUGACCCUUGUCUCCCGCCAGAUCGCUGCCGCCUAAACUGAGAGCAAUUAUCGACGACAUUAAAAUGACCUCAACGUGAUACUUGUUACCCACAAGACUGCUGCAGCCGCAACCUGUGCCUGAUAUUAUAUUUAGAAUAAGAGUAAUAAAUGUGAUUUUUUUUA